UUUUCAAUAAGUAAUUGCAAUUUAUGAGGAGGUGGUAGCCAGAGUUCACUGGAGCAAUAAAUUAAUCAUUGUCUGUCACUUGAUAUUACUAUAUCAAACCACGUGACACUUGAGAGCGGGAGGGCUAGGACCUCCCUGUGCGCGUAGGUGGACGUGCAGACAGCUUUUUAACGGUUUCUGAAUGGAGCAUGUAUGAAGAUGGAACAAGCAUCUCUUGCAGACAGCAAUGAAUGAACACUUUUUACAGAUUUCAAGAGACGAUACAGCUAAACGACACCAUGCAUGACCCGACUGUGACUCAGACCAGCGUGGCUGCCAUCAACUGGAGCACUGAUGCUCCCCCGUGCACCCCGAACUACGAAGAGGACCGCGUGCCCCUGGUGGUGCUUUACAGUGUAGUGCUGGUCAUCGGGCUGCCUGCCAAUAUCGUUACUGUCUACCUGACCUUCCUCCAGGUGCGCCGCAAAAAUGUCCUGGGCAUCUACCUGUUGAGUCUAUCCGUGUGUGACCUUAUGUACCUCUGCACCCUGCCCAUGUGGGCCAACUACGUGAACGCGGGCCACCAAUGGCGCUGGAGCUCCAUGGCCUGCAAGGUGACAGGCUAUUUCUUCUUCAACAACAUGUACAUCAGCAUCUUCCUGCUGUGCUGCGUCUCCAGUGACAGAUACGUGGCCGUGGUCUACGCCGUGGAGUCGCGCGGCCUUCGGCGACAGAGACUGGCGGUUGCAGUUACCGUGGCCAUCGUCUUGGUGGUGUUCGUGGGCCACGUGCCGGUGUUUACCAUGCCAGAGGGCGAUGCGGCAGAGGGGCAGCGGCGCUGCUUCGAGCCAGGCAAGGGCACGUCCACUGUGACGGGUUUCAACUAUGCCCGCUUCGUCAUUGGCUUCCUGUUCCCCCUGGUUGUGCUUGUGGUCACUAACCGUGCCAUCCUGGCCAACGUGCAGGCUAGCACAGGGCUAAGGCAGUGCCAGAAGGAGCGGGUGCGCUACUUGGCGUUCGCCGUGGUGGUCCUCUUCCUGGUGUGCUUCGCGCCAUACCAUGUCAUUCUGCUGCUGCGUGCGGUCACCUUCCACUUCCCCGAGCUGCAGAAUUGCCAUUUCCAGGAAAGCCUCUAUACCCCUUACACUAUCUCCCUGGGCCUGUCCACCUUCAACAGCGCCAUCAACCCCAUCCUCUAUGUGCUUUCCAGCGACAACAUCCGCAAGGAGCUACGUCGCGGCCUUGCAGGCCUCCGCGGGCGAGCCACCCUGCGGCCACGUUCCACCGACAGCAGCCAGCACAAGAUGCACAACUCCAAGAACUCAUCAGAAGUGGCGGCCGCCACACAAGAGGGGGAAAAGCACGGUCGUUGAUGGCAGAGGAAGGUUAGGGGUUCGAUGUACAGUAUGUAUGCUCAAACUAUGGGAGCCAGAGGGAUAUGCAGGUGUGACUACUGAAGGAACCCUGGACUGGUGACUUGCAGGUACUCUGGAAUAUUAAACAGAAUCAGCAUAGAGCCAGGUGGAACCCCAAAUUGCUCUUGCUAUGUUUGGGGUAUAGAUGGAAACAUCUGACUAAAAUCUUAAAUGAUAUCAUUGAAACGGUUCAAGCAGGGGCAUUGUCUCCUUAUUGAUGGCAUCAUUCUAACAAGACUCGCAGUUGCCAGGAGCCAUCUAUCUAACAGCAAAUGUUGCAAAGUUUGAUAAGAGAAUGACGGCACAAACAGCACAAACCAUCAUUCUGUUAUCCAACUUUGCACCUGCACUGUUUAUCAAGUAAAUGUGUUUUUGUCAAAUUGUCUGUGGAAAUUGUUUGACGCACUCAUUGUGCAUAGAGUUGUAUGGUUUGUUUAACUUUGCAGUCAUUGGUUUUUGUUUGACAUACAUUUUUAAAGUGAAAGAUCUGAGUGUCUCUGUGAACUGGCGUUGUUAGCAUCCCUUAGUUUCAUAUGGAUGGAUCUGAGUUCAGCCAGCAAGUUGGUUCAGCCAGCAAGCAGACACUAGCUAGCUAGCAAAUUUUCGUGCACAUUACGAUUUUCAUAAACACACCUUAGAUAGAUGUAGAAUUAGGAAAAAACGUCAAUAUUAGCUACAGAUUUAUCGUUUUUGGUAAGACUAACUCUGACUCUUUUGAGGAUGAAAGGGGGUUCAGUGGACGAUGACACCUUGGUAACAUUUUCGAAUGUUAGGACAGCAUAUUGUAGCCUAACGCCUUGUUAGCUAUCCCUGAUUGUUUGCGAGUUAUCACACAGGGCCUUGAUUCCCAGAGCCUUUGUAGCAUUGAAUCAAUUGAGUUGUAUUUUGGCUCUUCAUCCCCAGAUUAAGGAUUUGCCAAUGUUUUGACAAACUCAGCAGUUAUUUGUGUCCAUAUGAAAGACAAGUUUGAAACGUGCCUCUCUGCUGCUAAUGUAGGAGUGAGAAGCUUCUACAAAACUGUCUAUUACUGAAGCUUUUCUAUGAAAUAAUGUGUUUUCCUUUGGAGGAACAGUAUUUGUUAAGUAAAUCGUGCAAAAGCUAAUCCAAUAUGUUAUGUUGCAAUACAUAGAUAUUGUGUUUCACAGUAGAUGCAUAGAUCUACAUCAUGUUCUUAAACUUUAAUCAAGUGUAUUUUGAAAGCAAGCACAAUUGUAGUAUUCGUCAUGUUUUAGGUGUUAAGUGUUUUGUAACAAUGUAAAUAUAAGUCAAGACAUAAUCUUCAUAUAACCUUUUAUAGCCGCAAUAUAACAUUUUAUAUACUUUGGUGUUUUUCCUCCUAUAUUGCAGACCAUUGUAAAAGUUUGUAAAAAAGCAAAAGUUUGUUCUUUUUAUUAGAAAAUUGCACUUCUUGAAUAUUAUUUAUACUGUUUCUGAACAUUUUUAAGUAAACAUUUGAAGUAAAA